AUGGCGUUUGUUCUUCCGUUCUGUGUUUCUUUGUCCAAAUCGGCGUUUCCAACAACACCGGCUUUCCACAACCGCAACGACCGGUCCAUACCUGCGGUGACGAAUCUCGAAGGACUGAUGAACUUGACGUCCUUGAUGGCAGCAGAAUGGCCCGACAACUGGGUCUCGACCUUGCCCGAGGCGUUGUACACACGAACAACACCGUCGUACGAACCAGUCAGAAUCUUUGGAGCCGUCUGCACCUCUCCAUCCGGUCCUGCUAGCGACAUGGAUCCAACACUGUCGAUUGCAGAAAUCCAGUCGUCGUUGUUGAAACUGGCCAGAAAUUGCGGAGGCAAAACCGCACGCGUGUACUCGAUGUCCAACGAGUGCUCGCUGGACAGCCCGUUGGCAACCAGAUACUCCUCGACGCUGCCCUUGAGCAAAGUUCCGUCAAUCAGGAAAUCAAACGGAACAGGCUUCUCCAAACCAACCAGAUGGUUCACGAUCUCAGACAACCCGUAUCUUUUGAGCGAAACAGGAACAAACACCGGAUUCCCCGGACAAUACCACCAGGACUCGGAUUUUUUGUAUUUGGAGUUCCCCGACGUGAACUUCUCGUACAAAUGGCCCACCAGAGACCUUCCGUGGCAUCUGUUUGAAAACGAGGCGCGCAAAAGACAGCCUGCCGUGGACGACGAGUUGAACCCAGAACUGGUUAACUCGCUCAACUCGCUUCUUUCGAAAAUCGACUCGUCAAUUCAGUUCAGUUCCGCGUUCAUGUUUCUGUAUUUGCUGGUUUCGCUGUGUGAGGAGAAAGACGUUGCCGGUCUCACGUUCACGAUCCGGUCCACUCUGCCAGUGGGAGCCGGAUUGGGCUCGUCGGCCUCGGUGUCCGUGUGUCUGGCCAGCGCGUUCUGCUAUCUGGGAGGCCACAUCGACGAACCAACGCUGAAGAUGGACGACGUCACCGUCAAAGACUCGGAACAGUGUCUAUUGGUGGACUCGUGGGCCUUUAUGGGAGAAAAAUGCUGCCAUGGCAACCCUAGCGGAAUAGACAACGCCGUGGCCACCCACGGAGGUGCAGUCAUGUUCCAGCGCAUGGAGUCGUCCAUGCCAAGCAUCAGAACGUCCAUGAGGAACCUGCCUCCGCUCAAUUUACUGCUUACAAAUACGAAAACUCCUCGAAGCACCGCAGCAUUGGUCGCUAACGUGUCCAAGAUCGUGAGCGAGUUCCCUAAGCCUUCUGGCCUCAUCCUGGAAACCAUGGACUCGGUCGCCAGAGAAGCGUACUCGCUGAUGCUCAGACCGUUCUUGGAUAGACCGUCCAAACUCAAAUUGUUGGAGCUUAUCAGACUCAACCACGGUCUACUGGUCUCGCUUGGUGUGUCGCAUCCAAACCUCGAGAGAAUCAAACUCUGGAGUGACGAGCUUCAAAUCGGCCAGACCAAGCUCACCGGAGCCGGUGGUGGAGGUUGUGCUAUUACCCUGAUAGAUGAUGAAAGUGCUACCCCUGAAAACCUGGAGAAGCUUACAGCCAAGUUUGACGAGGCUGGAUUCGAAACCUAUAAAACAACACUUGGAGGAAAAGGUGUUGGACUGCUCACCAGUAACACUACCAUGGCCUCCGAAACGUUCAGAAACCUGCCUGACCGGAAAUCCAUCGAACAGGCCAUCGGGUGUUCCGAAGUCGAGCACUGGCGUUUCUGGUGA